AGGAGAGACGGUUUCAGAACAUCAGUUCCAACACUAUUCAACAUAUACUGUUUAUCUCGCGAUUUCUUUGUUUCUACUGCUUCUCAAACCCAGAGUGAUGGUUAGCUUAGUGGCUGCUCUACUGCUCCCCCUGCUGGCUGAGUCUCUUCCUGUCUCUACGGAUGUGUAUCCAGUGGAUUGUGCAGAGCUCUAUGGUAACGGUCACACUCUCAGUGGAGUUUACACCAUUUACCCUGCUGGACCUGACUCACCUGUGCAGGUUUACUGUGACAUGGGCUGUGAGGGAGUCCACGGAGAAGAGAGAAAAUGGACAGUGAUUCAUAGGAGAAUGGAUGGAACAGUGAACUUCUACAGGCCCUGGGAUCAGUAUAAGAAAGGCUUUGGGAACAAGGAUGGAGAAUAUUGGCUGGGACUGGAAAACAUCUACCAGCUGACUCGGAGGAAGAAGUAUGAGCUGAGAGUGGACAUGGAGGAUUUUGAGGGAGGGAUGGUUCAUGCCCAGUAUUCCUCUUUCUCCAUAGACUCUGAGACAGAGGGCUACAGACUGCAUGUUAGUGGAUACACUGAUGGAGGUGCAGGUAACUCUCUCAUAACUCACAAUGGACAGAAGUUCUCCACUUUUGACAGAGACCAGGACACACACAGCACACUGAACUGUGCCAGAAGUUUUCUUGGAGCAUUCUGGUACUCUAAUUGUCACGACACUAAUCCAAAUGGCGUCUAUCUGUGGGGGAGUGAUGGCACUCAUUAUGCAAUUGGUGUUGAAUGGUCUUCCUGGAAAGGUCGCAGCUACUCUCUGAAAAAAAUAAGCAUGAAAAUCAGGCCAGUGCCAUAAACACAGCAGGACCUCUGGCUCUGUUAUGAUGUCAUAAUGUGUGGGCGUGUCAAACCAUGGGCCACCUGCUAAACUAACUCAUUAUCUGUGUAUACUCCUUGUUGUUUCUUAGGCACUGACAAUGUAUAUAUACAUAUAUACAAAAAUACACACACACAUACACACAUA